AUGGCGAAGGGCCGCGCGCCCCGCAGCAGCCUCACGAGUCCAAGGCACAGCGGCCCCGCGUGGUCGCUACCCCAGCCCCGCCGUCCGCCUAGCUCCGGGGCCGCGCCUCCAGGUCCCCUCAGUACCCGCCCUGGGCGCCCGCGCCACCGCCCGAGUGGCGAGCGCCACCCGGACGCCGCGCCCACCGCCGGCGCCCCGCCCACGACCGUGAUUACGCGCGGCGCUCGGGGCAGGUCUGCGGGUGUUGCGGCUGGAGCUCUGGUGCAGGGCCCACCCUCGGCGGGCGCCUCUCCGCGAGGGGCUAGUGGCGUGGGGCGCAGAUGUAGUCGUGGUACUGGCGGAGUGCGACCCAUGGAGAUGGACUCAUUCUUCUGGGAUGACUUUGACCCUAUGAUACAGAAUAGGACCAUGGAACAAAUCAUUACACCAAUGACUAUCCAGCUUUGUCAUCUGCUCAUCUCAUUGGAGAGGAAAGACGUACAGAAAGAAGCACUUGCCUCCGUGCAGAAGGUGGCAGAGGACCUGGCCAAUGCUAGUGAGGAGUUUGUGCAUGUUGCCAGCAGGCUGGCGGGAGACUCUGAGGAGUGGCUUAGGGAGGAAAUGCAGCCAGUGGUUGAGUCUUUGACGCUGUCUGGGAAGAACAUCCUGAUGGUAACCCAGAAGCUCCCCCUGCAGCCGGAGUGCCAGCGCCACUGGGAAGAGCUAGUGGCCACCUCUCAACAGAUCCUGGUGGGCACUACCAAGCAGGUCCUGCUCCUUGAAGACGCAGCAAGGGCGAGGAAGACCGUGGCAGCAGCUGGUUGGUGUCUGACGUGCCUGGAGGCUUUGGAGGCGGCGGAGGACGCCACUUCCCUGCGCACCUCGAUCGCUGACCUGGCGGCUGCGCUGCUGCAACUGGGCAGCCUGACCAUGCGCUGGGCCCCGGAUGAAUGCCUGGGUCGAGUUCGCCACCAGCUAGGGUGCUACAUCCCAGCGCUGCUCGCGGCCGCCCGCGGCCACCUCCGGCACCCAUGCGACCCGCAGGUGGUGGUCUCACGGCGCUGCAUCUUUGCUUUGACCAGACAGAGCCUCAGAGAGCUCCUGGCUGUGCUGCAGCCCGGAGUCUCAGGGCCGGGUGUUCGCUCUCAGAAUGGCGCACUGGCGCGUUGUCUGCAGAAGCUGCGACAGGUUCUGGAGGAGCCCGGGCCAAGCCACCUGCGUGAUGGGCUGCUCGACACGCCACUGGCCGCCGUGGUGUGGCAUUGCCUGCGCCUAGCCGCCUGCUCCGCGCCACGGGAGAGGAUGCACCUAGUGUCCCAUUGCCGCCAGCUGCUGCAGUUCCGAGUGCACCGGCCUCCCCAGACCAGCCCAGGGACAGAAUGCAUAGCUCUGAGGGCUGCGACAGACGCACUCUGCCGGGAAGUCCGCGCUGGAUUACUGCGCCAGAUUCUGGAUACGUUCACAGAUACCCAAAGUCCUCUAGAGAGGCUGGUCCAGGCCACCUUGGAGACUUCCACCCUCAGGCCCGGGUGCAAUAGGGAAGCCUUGGCUGAGACUCUCCGGCUUCCGCUUGAUGCUUUCCACAACCAAGCCAAGCAAAUGAUUCGAGUGGCACACUUGGUCUGGGUCUUCUGCCCCCAACAGCAAAAUGGCAGAGACAUGGAGGCUGCUGUGGCAGGUCUUUGGGGACUUGUGGUCAAAGCAAAGGAACUCUUUUCACAGUGUCCCCAAACACAUGGCCUGGAUUGGAGUCCUGCCACCCUGCAGGCUCUGCUUGAGGCCUGGGCCAGGGAAUCCCAACACCUCUUGGCAUGCUUUGAUGUGGUUCUCGAUAUUCCCGAAUUCUUGAAUUUGUCCAUCCAGGAAAUGACUAACCACUUGGACUUGUACACAAGGGAUCUAAGGAGUGGAGCUUCCAGAGAGUUCUCUGGAUCUGUGGCAUUCUUACGUGGAAGAGCCACACACAUAGUGCAGGUGAUGAGCAGGUAUGUGGGUCAAGACCCAGAUCCCAUUUUCCGAAACGGAAUGAGAGUCGUGGUUCAGCAGCUGGCGCGGUCUUCCUUGACGCUGGCUGCAGCCACUGAAGGCAGCACAGCUGGGGACAGCACUCAGGACACGGGUUCCUUCUUAACCAUGGCAAAACAUCUCAUCUAUUCAGCUCAGCAAGUCCACGAGGGCCUGAAUGGGGCCAACCACCCAGACAUCCUCAGUCCACUUCGAUUCCAAGUCCAAAGGUUUGACAUUGCCAAGGAAUGGCCUUAUUUUACUCUCCCCAGCCUCCAGCAUCACACAGCUCCCGUAAUGAAACACCAGCAGGUACCUGGCUUAGGGGCAAGUGGCACAAAUACCUCUUUCCUACCAGUAGAACAACUUUCCUACAAAGUGGUCCCUGACACCUGCAAACAGGGGUGGGGCUCUCCAUUCCUUGCUGCCAGCAAAGUCAUCACUGCUAUGGAGGACCGGGAUCACCAAGUAGUGACCUCACCACACACCAACAUACUAGAGCAGGAGUCUACUGUGAAUACAGCCCAAGAAAUCCAGGCUGGGGAAGAAGCCCUGCGACCAGGGAGGAUGACAAGACUGCAGGAAUUCUCAACAGUGGUGCCUUUGAUUACUGACCUAGCCAGGGAGGAAGUCCAUAGCACAAACACUAGAAGUGGCAGGCUCCUAGGAAUGGCUUUUCAGCAAUCUGGGAGGACCAGGGAAGCCAGGCAGGCUCUGGUAGCCAGGGCCGGUGACUGGUACCCUCUGUGCCAACAACUAUUUUGUCAUAGCCUAAUGGUGGAGUUACCAGGGAGCAUGGCAACGUUUGUGGAACUUCGGCAGAAUUUGGCCUCAAUGGUUCAAGUAGCAGCCAAAAGUGGCCCUGUGAAUUCAAAAGAGAAGAGCCCUGACCCAAUGGAGAACCCAGGAAUGCUUUUAGAGCUGCAAGGCUUGUUGGAAAAAACAGAGAUCCAUGCUAAACAGCUGUUGGACCACGCUCUGUCCUCUGAUGGUCUCCAAGCCCCCAAGUCGAGGGAAGAGAAUAUUAACAAUGAAUGCCUUCUAUGGGCAGUGGCUGUCCAGGACCUGAUGCAGUGUAUGGACAGACUCAGUAGGAGACAAGGGCUGUUCCUACUUCCCCUGCAACAGGCAGUGAAGAACCAGCAGGGAUUGCAGGAAGGCGUAGAUCAGGCAGCAGAUGUUUCUCAGAGGUUACAAGAGGCUGCCAAGCUGUCUAGUGUUCUGUGUGGGGAUGAGCAGGUAAAGGGUGAGGUCUCAUUUUUGGGUGGGGAAGUUCAGAUACUCACAGCCGCCUUGCUGGAGGUGGCACACAUCUUGGUCUCCACCCACAAGCCUUGUCCCAGCCUCUCCACACGCUUUGAGCUUCUCUGCUUGGAACUCAGCCUUCGAGUCAAGGCCCUGACUGACUACCUGAGCAGCAUCAACACUGUCUAUGAGGACAUGUUCCAAGAUGUUGUCGACAAGAGCUCCCCGACAAGGAUGCUGUCUGUUAUCCAAGCUGUGCAGGGAAUCAUAGCAGGAGGUCAACAGUCUGGACCCUUCCAGGAAAAACUUCUUGUGUCUCUAGAGAACAUUCUCAUGCUCACUAAGGAGGUGGCCAAGAGGGUCCGCAUACUCCAAGAACACCCAGAGCAGCAGGGGUUGCAUAUGUUGAACUGGCUUCGGUGGGAAUGGGCGGCCAAGGUCCACCAUGCAGUGACUCAGCUCCAGGCCUUGAAAGGUAGUCACACUGAGGCCUGGAGACUCCUGGUUCAAUGCUUGAAACCCAGGGAGGAGCCAGCAAAGGCCCUAGGAGAGGAUCCUGACCAGCUGCAGCCUCACUGUAAAGAGGGUGCAACAGGAACCACUGCGGGGGCCAGUGUGGAUUCUCAGGGUGCUGUUCCCAAAGGCACCCCCCGGAGCUCAAUGGGGACCUGUGCUGAUGAGCAAGCCACCACCAGGACCAUCACAGUAGACAUGAGCAUGCACCAGAGUGGCAGCCCCUCUCUGCCUCCUGCUCAGAUGGACCAGACUGUUCCAGAGGACAGCCGUACAGACAGUGGGAACAGAAUCACCCAGAUCACACAAGAGAUGGCCAAGGAGGUGCUCCUGAUGGCUCAGAGCUUGAGGAAGAGAGGGCGAGUCCUGACCAAAGAUCAGCUCAUUGCCUCUGCCAGAAAAAUCUCAGCUUCCGGAAAGGAUGUCGCAAGACUCAUUCAAAUCAUUGCUAAGAACUGCAUAGAUCAGAGAUGCUCCCAGGAGCUUCUGUGUAUGGUGGAGCAGAUUCAAACCCUGAGCAGCCAGCUCAGCAUCAUCUCCAGUGUAAAGGCCUCCCUGGAAAGAAGCAAGUCCUCUGAAGAGCUCCUUGUUGACAAUGCACAGCGGCUCCUCCAGGCCAUCUCCAAGACUGUGCGGGUUGCGGAAGCCACCUGUCUUCGGGGUCUGAGAUGGCCUUCCUCGGAUCCAGAGGAGCUGGAGGUUGCUACCCUCUGCACACAGUGGAAGAGGAAACUACUCCAACACCGACUUCAAGAAGCCUCAAACGAAGACUGUGAUGAGCUGGGCUUACGAAAAACAAGCACGAGGAACCUCCCAGCGUUGGCAGCCCUGGUUCAAGAAGCAUAAUAAAAGCUGAGGCAUAUUCUCCAAGUCA